UUAACCUUAUGUCAUUCUGUCUACUGACAAGUAGACGUGUCGGCCGUCCGUCGCGGUGUCGACGCUUGGCUAUUAUGUCAUUGAUACAGUAACGGAGAGACAAAAAGUCAUGAUACGAAAACAUACUUUUGACUGUGUUUUGUUAUGUGUAAUGAUCCUUUUCGAAGUAGCCUUUUCAAAAAAAGUUCAGCGUAAGUGUGAAGAUCCUGAUGUCGUUCUGUAUGCCUACCCAGAUGCUGAUCUAAAAAACUUUAGUAACAAUUACGAGUCUUUGAUCCACACAGGAUUCCGCCCUUUGGACAAAUUUCUAACAGAUGACAAAGAAGAGGAAGUGACAUGUACAUGGUUGAUUCGUGCAAAAGAAGAUCAGUCUGCAGUCGUCAGCUUCCAGGUCUUUAAACUGCUAGAAGAGGACUGUCUUUUUAUAUAUGAUGGAUCAGAUGAAAAAGGUAAAUUGAUGGAAACAUUGUGUGGAAAUGAUGUUCCAAGCAAAGAACCCUACAGAAGCAGUGGGCGCUCUUUGUUUGUUGUUUUUGAACGAGGUGAAAGAUAUGGGGAGCGCCAGUUCUCAUUCAAAUACUUUGCUAUUUCACACCCAAAGACAUGAUCAUCACCAUUGCAGCUGUUGCUUCAAGUAUCAUUGCUAUCGUUGGGCUGAGUUUUUUGACAAUCAAGUUCACCCAUUAUUGUAGACCAUGCCGUAAAAAGUGUCAUCAUGCCCACAACACAAAUGAACAGCCUGAUCUUCAUGAAUGUCGACCUCUUGCUCCUGAGCCUUUGACAUUGGACAGGAUUGUAAAUACAAGAGAAAAUAAUUGCUAUAGUGACCUUGCUAUGUCUCAAUCAGCUUCAGCUGUGCACUCUCAUGUUGGAAUCAAUAAUGAGAAUACUGUUGGAAAUAUCAGGAUUCCAGGAAGUAACCAGCAUUUGGAUGCUAGAAAUGAUCUUAUUAAUUCCAGAAAUCCAGAAACAUUAGAAUAUGCAGAUGUGGCACAAGCAUCAGCGCCAAUAUCAUCAGAUUCAGACCCUGAAUUGCAGUCACCAUCUGCUGAUGAGCUGCCACCCUCUUAUGAUUCUUUGUUUGGAAACAAGAAUCAUGUUAUAAAUUCUUAGGCACUUAAACCAGAAACAGCAAAAAAAUUUACAUAAUUUUAUAGCUUUCUUCCUUUUGUAACAAUUUGACAUAAACAGUGGCUUUAGAUGAAAGAAAGAGCAAUUUUUAACAUUCAUUGACACCUAUUGAAAUAAGGAGCUAUGCAACGAAUUAAAUCAGAAAUGUGAAGGGUUACAUAUUUGACCUGUUCAGGCUACACAUUUUUGUUACAAGCAGUAAAGAAAACCAUUUAUGUCAGCUGAAGUUACGGGACCUGACUUGGAGAUAUAAUGGGGUAAGAAGUUUUCGGUGCAAAUAAAAUCUCAGUUUAUAUAAUGUUGAUGUCAAAACAGUGUUUACAAAAAAAUCCAGUCAGGAAAGACUUGCCAAAAUAAUUUUGCUAUUUGAAGGGCUAAAGUCAAAGAGUAAUAUGGUGGCUAGUGUAUAUUAAAUGAAGGUAAGUAAAACUGGUAUAUUGUUUAAAAGGCCAGAGCAACUUAUUGCAAUUUUUAUACCAGAAUACCUCUAAUUCUUAAGAGAGUUCAGUAAAACAAUAAGAGAGAAUGUGUGUGUGUGUGGCAGAGUGGGAGGGAGUCAAAUAGAAAGUGUCUUUAAGGGAUAUUCUCACUUUGCAAUAUACUGCACUUUGCAGAGUUUGCAUGCCUUGCACAAGGCCCUUCAAACUUUGCAUAUGGCUCACAAGGGCCUUGAAAUAAGGUCUGCAUGGAUAGGACAUGGUUCUGUUUUAUGCAAGACAUGGCCUACAUUGCAUGACUGUAGCCAGUCAGAAUGCUUGAAUGCAGAAGGCUCCCUUUUACCUCUAAAUUAUUACGUGAAAAUGCCAAGAGGUCUUAGGAGGAAUGUUUUAUAUUAAAAUCACUGUGGGAGAAUAAUAUACCCAUGUAUACUUAACCACGCCCUCACUCCCUUACCACAUCUGUUUCUUCUCUCUGCUUCCUUGAGUAAUAUGACUAAGCCAUAGCAGUUACUGAAAAUAUCUUUUCAUCAAUGUUGUGUACAAUAUCGCCCACUACCCAAGCCAUUUGCAAGUGAUUUUGCUUGUGUGAGAGGAGAACAGUGUUGCUACAUUGCAAGCAAAAUCUUGCACAUGAAAAUCUUGAAAACUCUGCAAGGUGAGAAUAGCCCUUUACCAACAUUGUUACCCGUGUUCCAGCCAAGUAAGACUUGGGGAUGCUUGGUACAAAUCUGAGCUUCAUGACAGAUUGUAGGGAUAGGAUGUGGCAAUUUAUAUUAAAGACACAAAUAAUCCAAGGUGCACAUGCAAAUUUGUAUCGUCCUUUAGACAAAAUGCUUUCAGUACAUCAAGUAUAACUAUCAGUUACUGCCGUAAGAGUGACAGAUGCAUGUUCAUUCUGAUUUUCAUCAAAGUAUUUGCUGUAUAUAUUUUAAACAAUAAGCUUGACAAAAUUCACCUAUGCAAAAAAACUUGCCUAAUUUUUUUAUCAGUGGGCAUAACCAUAAUACAGAUGUCACUCCAGUCAUUAUUGCUAUAAAAUUUAACGGAUAAUAAAGGUUUAGAAAGCAUUCAGUCAUAUUCUGGUUUUCCUUUCCUUUUUUUCUUUCUUUAAUUUUUUUUAGAAGAUGAAUUUAUUUGUCACAGGUCUUCAUGCAUUCUUUAGAAACAAGACAUGAUUAAAAUCUUAUGUUAAAAGCAUUUAAAAAAAAAUUAUUUUCCCACUGUGAUAAACUCUUUCUUUCAUGAUCACAACCAAUCUUCAGAUUUAUUAAUCUCUGGUCUAAUAAGAAAUGGCAGUACUGGAAUAAUUCACAAUUAUUUCAGGGGAUUUAAACUGUGAUUUUUCUUAAUAAGAGAGGGCAUGUCACCAUUGCUUUUAAACUGCAUGCGUUAUACAUUAGGAAAAUAGCUUUAGAUAUAUGUUUACAUUUUAGAUUUUGUUCAAAAUAAUUUUUGUUUUUUGGUCAUACUUUAAAAUACAGGUGUUACUAAAGUUUGUACUUAAAUUUUGUGUUGUGAAUUUGGAUUUAAAGUAACUUUUGUCAUUUUGUCAUAUGUUAAAAUACAGGGAAACUUAAAAGAAUUGACCAACACUUAUUUCUUAAUAAAUCAAAAUGUAUGGAUAUCUAAACUGGAUCAAAUGUGCCUUGAUACUUGACGCCUGCUGUCCAGCAAUAUUCUGUUAUUUUUCGCAGGCACAUGCCACCGGUGUUCAUCACAUCCUGUUUGGAUAUUUAGUAUUUAUAUUUCUUUUCCGUUUUAUCAUUUUGUUCUAGUGGCAGAUGUUAGUGUGUGAUCCCAAGUGUUCCUGUUAAAUAUUCGAGAGGCCAAAUCUCAAUCUUAUUAAAGUGUUGUCCUUGUUAUAUGCUUUGCUUCUUUGACACUUUGCUACUGAGCAAGACGUUAUGAAACUAUUCAAUUAGUUUUGAGUUACAUUGUGUCCUACAGUAUCUUCCUCUGAGAGAAUGAAUAGGUAUGUAUAUAUGCAAAAUUGUGUGCGUAAGUGACAGAGAGGAACAGAGAGAUUUUGCUACAAUAAAAAAAAAUGUUAUGGCUCAAUUUAUCAAAUAUAGUUGUAUCUACAAACCAUGUUUCUGCAAGAAGCUUCAGAGGUCUAUUACCUUUUAAUCCUUGCAUAGUCUUAAUAGAAGUUUUAUUUCAGUAACACAUGCUUUUCGCUGCAUUUCGUUGGCACAGUUUGUUUUGUUGCAAAAGAAUAUAUUUCAGCAUUUGAAAAUACUCAGUCACUAAGCAACAUGAUGACUAUAUAUAUUUUCAUAAUAAGAUUAUGAUCAUCUAUUACUGUUGAAAGAGCACAGCAGUUAAUAGUUUAACAGAUUCUAUUUAGUUUUGUUUCAUGAGAUUUUUUUUUCGCCUUAUUUUGAGUUAUAAGGUUGAAAUCCAAAACAAUAAAAAAGUGCUUACAUUUUUA